GGACUUUGGUGAAUUUUACUUUUCCAAGCCGGCGACAUUGCAAAAUGCCAACCAGCCAAUAAUUAAAAAAUUAACUUCACAAUUAAAUGCUUUUUACCACAAAAAUGACUGUCCAAUUUGGCUUUUCUUUGACCCGACUUUCUGCAACAAUUACUUUCACUCCCCAACGAUUUCUUCCAAAGUCCAGUCGGACAUUGCUAGUGCAAAAAACCAAAAUUCACACAAAUUGCCCAAAAAUGACCCGACCUUCGGUCUACAUAACACGCAAAAUCAACGAAGAAGCCCUCAAAUUACUAUCAGCGACCUGUGAUAUAACAUCAUGGCCAGGACCGGAUCCAGUCCCGCGCUCCGAACUCCUAAAAAACAUCCCCGGAAAGGACGCCCUUUUCUGCAUGCUCACCGACAAGAUCGACAAAGAGGUGCUUGAAAAAGCCGACAAACUCAAAGUAAUCUCGACCAUGUCGGUGGGUUACGACCACCUGGAAAUCCCCGAAAUAAAAAAGCGCCAAAUCAAAAUCGGGUACACCCCCGAUAUUCUCACCGACGCUACGGCCGAACUCACCGUGGCUUUGCUCCUAGCCACCAGUCGGCGCCUCCUUGAGGCCAACGCCGAGGCGCGGACUGGGGGCUGGAAGGCCUGGGCCCCCUUCUGGAUGUGCGGCCCAGGCCUCGGGGGCGCCACUGUGGGCAUUGUGGGCUUCGGCCGAAUUGGCCAAGAGGUGGCCAAGCGGCUAAAGCCCUUCAACACGCGUCAGAUUCUUUACCACAGCCGAUCGGCUAAAAAAGAGGCCGAGGAAAUCGGGGCCCGGAAAGUCACUCUAGAUGAGUUGCUCACACAAAGCGAUUUUGUGGUCGUUUGUUGUGCGUUGACCCCCGAAACGAAGGGGAUGUUCAACGAGGGGGCGUUUAAAAAAAUGAAAAAAAGCGCCGUUUUUGUUAAUACGAGUCGAGGGGCUGUUGUGGAUCAGGAUGCCUUGGUUAGGGCGCUUCAGAGUGGGGAGAUUUGGGGCGCUGGGUUGGAUGUGAUGACUCCUGAGCCCUUGCCCCUCGAUGAUCCGCUUUUUGGGCUGAAAAAUUGUGUCAUCUUGCCGCACAUUGGCAGUGCGUGUAUUGAGACAAGGAAUCAGAUGGCUGUUCUUACAGCUAAUAAUAUUUUAGAGGCUUUAAGAGGUGGCAAAAUGCCUGCCGAGCUGAUUCUGUAAAAGGGGAAAAAAUAAAGAAUUUCUAAUGAU